AUGAUGUUGUAUAAAGUGGUCGUUCUCGGUGAUGGAGGUGUAGGCAAGACAGCAUUAACAAUCCAGGUAAGCCAUCGAUCGACAACCUAUGAUCCGACCAUUGAAGAUUCCUACCGCAAACAGGUGGUGAUUGACGAUCAACCGUGCGUUCUCGAAGUCCUGGACACUGCCGGUCAAGAGGAAUACACAGCGCUUCGUGAUCAAUGGAUCCGAGACGGUGAAGGAUUUCUGUUGGUGUAUUCAAUAUCUUCUCGAUCGACCUUUGAACGAGUGGAACGAUUCCGUGACCAGAUUUUUCGAGUCAAAGAUGUGGAUAACGUUCCGCUCAUCUUAGUAGGUAACAAAUGCGAUAAAGUGACCGAUCGAGAAGUAUCCCGCGAAGAAGGAUAUCAAAUGGCGAGACGGCUCAGCUGCGAAUUCAUCGAAACAUCUGCCAAAACAUGUGUCAACGUGGAAAGAUCAUUUUACUCGGUCGUAAGGACCAUUCGCGCCAAUCGAGAAGGCGCGCUUCAAGAAGGCGCCAAGAAAAAGAAAGACAAAGCAAAGAAAUGCUUAAUAUUUUAA